AUGUCGAACGGUCUGCCCCCGGUCUAUAUUGCGGCUGUUGCCAGGACACCCGUGGGAUCGUUCCUUGGCUCUUUGUCCAGCUUGAGCGCUACCCAACUUGGGUCCCACGCCAUUAAGGCCGCCGUCUCGCGUGUGCCGGAGAUCAAGCCUGAGGAUGUCGAGGAGGUCUUCUUUGGAAAUGUGCUUUCGGCCAACGUCGGCCAAGCACCAGCACGUCAGUGUGCCAUCGGCGCUGGCCUCUCAAACUCAGUCUCCUGCACCACCGUCAACAAGGUCUGCGCCUCGGGUAUGAAAGCCAUCAUCCUGGGUGCCCAGACCAUCAUGACGGGCAACGCCUCUAUCGUUGUCGCCGGCGGUACUGAGUCUAUGUCCAACACCCCUCACUACCUGGCAACCUCGCGCUCAGGCGCCAAGUACGGCGACCAGACCCUGAUCGACGGCAUACAAAAGGACGGUCUGCGCGACGCUUACGGCAAGAAGGAGCUCAUGGGCGUUGCCGCCGAGCUGUGCAGCGUCGACCACGAGCUCUCGCGUGAGGCGCAGGAUGAGUACGCCAUCAAGUGCUACCAGAAGGCCCAGGCUGCUACCGAGGCCGGCGUUUUCAAGGCCGAGAUUGCCCCUAUCGAGGUUAGCGGCGGUCGUGGUAAGCCCAACGUCACGGUUGACCGCGACGAGGAGGUCAAGAACCUGAACAUCGACAAGCUUAAGUCGGCCCGCCCGGCCUUCCAGACCACCGGCGGCACCGUCACGGCCCCCAACGCCUCCCCCAUCAAUGACGGUGCUGCCGCUGUUGUCCUGGUCUCCGAGGCCAAGCUCAAGGAGCUCGGUAUCAAGCCUCUGGCCAAGAUUCUUGGUUGGGGUGAUGCUGCCCGCGAGCCCGAGCGUUUCACCACCGCCCCGGCCCUGGCCAUCCCCAAGGCUAUCAAACACGCCGGCAUUGAGCAGAAGGACGUCGAAUUUUACGAGAUCAAUGAGGCAUUCUCGGUUGUGGCACUCGCCAACAUGAAGCUCCUGAACCUUGACCCCGAGACCGUCAACGUCUUUGGUGGCUCCGUCGCCAUCGGCCACCCCUUAGGCUGCUCUGGUGCCCGCAUUGUUGCCACCCUCACCACGGUCCUCAAGGAGAAGAAGGGCAAGAUUGGAUGCGCUGGUAUUUGCAACGGUGGCGGUGGUGCGUCGGCCAUUGUGAUCGAAAACCUGCAGUAG